AAGAGCUUCCAGAUAUGGCGCUGAAAUCAAAAGAAUGAAAAAGAAUUAUGAUAUUAAUAUACUAGAAUAUACCACACAGGAAAUCGUAAACAUACUAAAAAUGUCCUUAAAAUACCGAAUACGUUGCCCAGGUAACGAUGAAUUUUUGUCCCCUCAAUGUUUUUUGUUUGUUCAAUAGAAGCAAACCCUUUUUAUUGUUAACUAAAUUUAUAAACACAAAAAAAAAACAUUUAAAAUGAGUAAAUUGGAUGAUUUGUUGGCCAAAAAGAAAACGGUUGUACCCGUUUUAGAUUUGAGUCGCAGCAAUAUACAAACAAUUGAGGAAUUCAAACGUCUAAUGGAAAAAGUGCCCGACUACAAGAUGCGACCCGUUAAGGUGAGGGCGGAGGAGAUUAAAAUACGUGAGAAGGACUAUGCCUUCAAGAUGCCCAAAAAGGAAAUGCGUAAAUUGCUCAAAAAUAAUGGUGAACGUGAGGUAUUCUAUACGUAUGCCGAUCCAGUACCAAAUGAAAUGAAAGAUGUUGUCCUUAUGGAACUCUGCGCUGUGCCCAUUGAUUGGAAAAUGCUUACAACAUUGAGGCCAAAAAAUAAACUGGAAGAGGAGUAUUUUAGUCGUAUGGUCGAAAUGGGUAAAUUGGAAUUGAAAACAGAGGCCAAAGAUCGUCGCGAAUAUGCCCUUAAUAAUUGUGUUAAAAAGAUUAAAAAUAAAUCGGGCAUUGUUGAAACGCGUCUAAUGACCUGUGAGUCCUGUGGCGAGGAAAUGUGUUGUGGCAAAACAUGUGGAGAUUUCAACUAUGAUCUGUAUAUAAGAGUCGAGGCGAGAAUUAUUAAACCGAAACCUUUGCCAAUGUCUACCAAUAAAACAAAAUUGAAUGGUCGCAAAAAGUCAACCAUUGGCGGUGCUGGUGGUGCCAAGAUCAAGGCCAAAAAGUCAUCGUCCUCGAAUGUUAAAGCUAGUUAAAAAUUAAUUAUGCAUAAGUAAAGCUUUCGUCUGUAAGUAAAUUUGUGGUGUUGUUGUUGU